GUACACCCCACGCCGUGCUCGGCGGCUCCCACGCCCCCGCGCCGCGCGCCCGUUCCGCGCGUUCCGAAGACGACCCCCCCUCCACCACUCCCGGGGCGGCCGCUGCCGGCGAUGCUGCAAGAAACUUCUUAAAUGAUUGCGUCCCGCUGCCCCGCCGAGCGUUUCUGGGUUGGUGAGAGGAAAGGAAAGUGGAAAAAAACUGAGAACUUCCUGAUCCUUCUUGCUGUGAGACAUGUCUGAGACUCCUGCUCAGUGUAGCAUUAAGCAGGAACGGAUUUCAUAUACACCCCCAGAGAGUCCAGUGGCAAGUUACGGGUCCCCGACUCCACUUCAUGUUCCAGUGCCUCGAGCGCUCAGGAUGGAGGAAGACUCGAUCCACCUGCCAGCACACCUGCGCUUGCAGCCGAUUUACUGGAGCAGAGAUGACGUAGCCCAAUGGCUCAAGUGGGCGGAAAAUGAGUUUUCCUUAAGGCCCAUUGAGAGCAACACGUUCGAAAUGAACGGCAAGGCGCUCCUGCUGCUGACCAAAGAGGAUUUCCGCUACCGAUCUCCUCACUCAGGCGAUGUGCUCUAUGAACUCCUUCAGCAUAUUCUGAAGCAGAGGAAACCUCGCAUCCUCUUCUCGCCAUUCUUCCACCCUGGGGACUCCAUCCACACGAAGCCGGAGGUCCUGCUGCAUCAGAACCAUGAAGAAGAUAACUGUGUCCAGAGGCCGCCCAGGACGCCUGCGGAGAGUGUACACCACAACCCUCCCACCAUUGAACUUUUACAUCGCCCUAGGUCACCCAUCACCACAAACCACAGGCCUUCUCCAGACCCCGAGCAGCGGCCCCUGCGGUCCCCCCUGGACAACAUGAUCCGCCGCCUCUCACCAGCUGAGAGAGUCCAGGGGCCAAGGCUCCAGCAGGAAAACAACCACCAGGAGUCCUACCCCCUGUCAGUGUCUCCUGUGGAGAAUAAUCACUGCCCACCAUCCUCGGAGCCAAACCCGAAGCCCUCCAGCCCGUGGCAGGAGAGCACGCGAGUGAUCCAGCUGAUGCCCAGCCCCAUCAUGCACCCUUUGAUCCUGAACCCCCGGCACUCGGUAGAUUUCAAACAGUCCCGGCUCUCUGAAGAUGGGCUGCACAGGGAAGGAAAGCCCAUCAACCUGUCUCAUCGGGAGGACCUGGCUUACAUGAACCACAUUAUGGUCUCUGUGUCCCCACCUGAAGAGCACGCCAUGCCCAUUGGGAGAAUAGCAGACUGUAGACUGCUUUGGGAUUACGUCUAUCAGCUGCUGUCUGACAGCCGGUACGAAAACUUCAUCCGAUGGGAGGACAAAGAAUCCAAAAUAUUCCGGAUAGUGGAUCCCAACGGACUGGCUCGACUGUGGGGAAACCAUAAGAACAGAACAAACAUGACCUAUGAGAAAAUGUCCAGAGCCCUGCGUCACUACUACAAACUAAACAUAAUCAGGAAGGAGCCCGGACAAAGGCUUUUGUUCAGGUUCAUGAAAACCCCAGAUGAAAUCAUGAGUGGCCGGACAGACCGUCUAGAGCACCUCGAGUCUCAGGAGCUGGAUGAGCAAACGUACCAAGAGGACGAAUGCUGAGGGGACCUACCAUGGCCUCACCUGCCCACAGGGACCCGCAAGAGGCAUGAUGGAGCAGGUGAUCUAGGGCCGGCUGAGAAGGAAGAGACCCAAGAGUGGCAGGAACACGUCUCUUGCAGAUGGAAAGGGACCCAGAGCACCUUAGACAAACCACCCAGCAAUGGCGGGGCUGGAAUUCUGGCAGAGGGCACAAGCCUGAGACUCACACGUCACGUUUGCUUCUUCGGAUCUCUUGUCUGUAACACCUCACCCUCACCCUGCACCUGUUGUUAGUCUCAUGGUGUUUCUGGUUUUGUUUUGUUUUGUUUUUAAGAACAUGCAUUUUGACUAUUCAUCGUUCAUACAGGGGAAGACAUCACAUGUUGUUUUCCUAUGGAAAUAUAUCUAUUAUAUAUAUAUAAAAUCUUUUUUUUUUUUUUUUUUAAUCUCACCAAGUACAGCCAGCUCAGCUGGGUCAGGAAAGAGAAAACUUGCAGAAGGGAUCAGGUUCCUUGUUUCCCUGCCCCAUGGGUCAGGUUCGUCA